AGGAAGAGAGAGAGAGAGUGGAGGGAGAAGGGGGAGGGUGCUCACAGGCUGAUAACACACUCAACCACAGAUGGUUGAGCAAGGUUGCACGGGAGUGAGGGAGUGAAGGCAGGCGGGGAGGAGAAGGGAAGGGAGGAAAGGGGAGAGAGUAAAGGAAAAGAGGCUGAGUGGGAGGAAUCGGUCAUAGUAUUUAUGAGCCACGGAGAGAAGCGGAAAGAGGAGCCCGAACAGGAUCCGUCCAUGUCUUCUGGCUGCAGCCGGGAGAUCCCUCGUCGCUGUUUACCCUCGACUCCAGGCACGGAUGGAUGCUUGAACGAAUAAACGCCGGCGUUUAUUGAGCAGCUUCUACAACCGGGAUUCGGUCUUCGUUCGCUCGCAGCAGGUUUUCAACAAAGCCGCAGAGCAGGACCAGAGCAGGAUGUGGUUCUACCCUGAUGAGUGUUUGUUUUCGGGUAUAACAGGUGCUCUCAGGUGAGCCGGGUUAACUUGAAACCAGCCUGUAAGCCGACUCCCUGACACCACUGUGUGCCUAUAUAUGUGUGUGUGAGCUACUUAUGAACCCGUGAUAUUGAGCUGAAAACUGCCAGGUGCGUGUGCGGUGCGGUCUGCGCGUGUUGGUGACACCGGCGUCAAAGCAUUCUCGCGCACGCACCAGGAGGAAGUGACUCGUCUGUCCUCGCUCUCGUGUUUCCUGGUCCCCUCUCCGGUAGCGCCCGAAGUGCCGAACCUGAGCCGGGUUCACCUGUCUCGCCCUGCGAAGUGAGGACCCGAACUCUCUGGAUGCGGCGGCGGAGGACGGCGGAGGACUUUUCCCGGAUGACUCAAGGACAGUUGGAUGUGUGUGAGCGCUGACUGUGGCUGAGCGUCACAGCGUUUUUCAAGACAAUCCAGCACUUCCUCAAGUCGUCGGCGUGUCGCUCUGGUGCUGGCCCGGCGCCAGAGGCUGCCCCGAGACCUCUCCAUGACCGUCAGUACGGUGCUGACCCCCUCCAUGACCAGCAGUAACAGCAUGAGCAGCGGGUACUGCAGCCUGGACGAUGAGAGCGAGGACUUCACCUUCUUCACAGCCAAGACCUCGUUCUUCCGCAAACCCAAGCACGCACCCAAGCAGAAUGAGACAAAGGAGGAGGAGGAGGGAGGGACGACCGAUCUGUCGGAGGAAGAGGUGCGGGCCAGGAUAGAAGAGUAUAACACUCAAGUGUCUGAAAAUGGCAUGAAGCUGGGUUCAGAUGGCGCUUACACAGGUUUCAUCAAAGUCCACCUCAGGCUCAGCAGACCCGUCACCGUCCCCACCGUGGAGGCGGCCGGCUCGGACGCCGUGUCCCGGCAGGCGGGCGGGCAGGAGGAGCUGGACUGCGGGCAGGCGGAGAAGAGAACGUCUUUUUACCUACCAUGUGACUGUGUGAAGCAGCUCCACAUCAGCUCCCUGACCACCACCAGGGAGGUCAUCCAGGGCUUGCUGAAGAAGUUCAUGGUGCUGGACAAUCCCCGGAAAUUCGCGCUGUACAGACAGACACACCGUGACGGACAAGACUUGUUCCAGAAGCUUCCUCUGUGUGAGCGUCCUCUUCUGCUGAGGCUGAUCGCAGGUCCAGACGCAGAGAAACUCAGUUUUGUCCUGAAGGAAAAUGAGACGGGAGAGGUCGAGUGGCAUGCCUUCUCUGUCCCGGAACUUCAAAACUUCCUGGUAAUCCUGGAGAAGGAGGAGGCGGAGCGCGUUCGAGCGGUGGAGCAGAAAUACGCUGUUUACCGACAGAAACUCCAGCAGGCCCUACGACAACACGACCCCACACCUAUUACCUUAUGACUCUAACCCAGGGACGGACUGGCCUUUUGAACGCUGACCACCCAAGGAACCCCACUCCCCCCCUCAAGCCGAACGCAUCUCUGCGCUCAACAUAUGUACACAGAUUCAUAUUGUUUCUCAGGACGCAUUCAGUAUCCCCCCCCCCCCCUCCUCCCCCUCUCCUCCUGCCCACCCACCACUCUCCACACAUCUGCUCCCUGCAGACAGGAUCAGGAACUGAAGGCAAAGUGAAGGACCGCAGGGUGUGUUUGUGUGUGUGUGUGUGUGUGUGUGUGUGUGUGUGUGUGUGUGUGUGGUCUGGGUGCAGAUUCUGGACAAGUUGUGUUUUCAGUGCCAAGGACAUGCACAGGACGAUCUGCACUGCUCACCCCGGACUGAUCUGAAUCAGUGGUGUUUUUAAAGAUUCCCUCUUAUUCUGCUACUGCUGCUGCUUCUACUGCAAGUGUUACUUAUGCAUGAGUCUCUCAGCUCAUCUCCCUGCACAUAGAGCUAGGAUGAAAACAGAAGGCAUGAUUGGUUUUUUUUCUGCAUCUCAUCAGGAUGGAAGGACAAUCACAACUGUGUGUUUCUCCUAUGAUUUUUGUUUUGUUUUGGGUUUUUUUUUUAAGGGGGGAAAGUGAAGUGUUGAUUUCUUUCACCAAAUGUAUUAUCUUUACACUGCUGGAAUAUAAGAGUAUCUGGGAAAGUUUGGCCUUCUGUUUGGUAAAAAUGUGCAUGAAGACAGUGAAAUUAUGAAAUAGAAGCUCAUUCUGAUGCACUCUGUUAAAACCCACCUUGUCAAUGUUAGGGUGAAAAUACUCAGACUUUACCAGCUUUAAAAACAGCAGCCAGUCACAAUGUGUGGAGGUGAAAUGCAUUGAUGAACUUGACCUGCCAAAGUUUAUUCCCUCAUGUGUUUUCCUCUUAGUUUGAAAACAACUUAUUUUUGUUAAAUUUAUCUGCAGUUGAUUAUUGGGCAGCCAUGUUUCAACUUGUUGAGUUCAUCCAAACACUCUCAACUCUCAAGUGGGGCUUUCUCAAACAGGAAAUGUUGAAUUUCCUUUCUGCCUCAGCGCGCCAUCGGAGGUGGAUUAAUUUGGUGGGUGUUUUUAAGGUCAGGCUUGGAGUUUGGGUGCUUUUCACUCGAGUGAGAGUUCGAAGCAGGAGGCGGCGUUUGCCCCUCGGCUCUUGAGGCAGGAAGACGUGGGGGUGGGGGGGGGGCAAAAGAAACUCUGAACCAUCUGAUUUUUUUCUCAGGGAGCACGUGUGUCGAGCAAAAACUUGAGGGUGCAAAGAUUCCUUCCCCCCACUUUCACCUCACGCCACCCUGUUCUGGCACGCGCUUCUGUUCUUUAUUUGAAACGCGAAAAGACUCGAAGAAACGAAGAUGCUGUCCGAUGCUUUGUCAUCAGUCACACCCCGUUAUCACCUCCCCCCCCCCCUCGCUCCUCCAGAAAUACCCACACGUCUUCUCACACGAUAACUGUGGUGUCCUUUUCCCUCAGCCUCUGCCUGAAUCCUGAUCUCGCCCACCCUGGAUGAACUCCACCUGUAAAUGAAGCUUCCAAAAGAAGCAGUCCACACACUGACACACGCACUGGGACUGUAUCUGGCUUGAACAUGAAUGUCAGGGGCGCUCCAACACCAAAGCUUACAGGGACAGAUCUGCUGAGAGGAUUUUAAAGGGAAUACUGACUUUGUUAUUAAAAUUAGAACAACCGCUGCGCAUUAAGCUGCAGGUCACUGAAUAACCCACGACAGUAGGGCUGCAUUUAAAUUUUCUCUCCUUUUUAUUAUUUUUUUUUAUCCCCCCUUCAUCUCCUCACCUUCCAUCCAGAAAAUAAACAAAAAUAUAUAAAAUUCAUGAUAAUGGCUAUGAUGUACCAAUGAUGUGUUUGCAAUACAGAUGUGCUCUGUAGACACUGGAGAAACAGUAACAAGGGUUGACUUUGUUGUUAUUAUGAAUAUGAAUAUUUUUUGGUAUCAUUCCUACUGGACUGUGUGUGUGUGUGUGUGUGCGCGCGUGUGUAUUUGUGUGAACAUUUAGGGCAGUAAGGAUAAUGUGAAUAGUGUUUUUAAAUGAGUGUGUGCGUGUCACCGGCGCUCCCUCAUCGGGCCUCACUUAUCUGGAGAUUUAACGUCAGUGUAAUAGGAAGAAGAGCCAAGAAACUCCAUCGCAAAGAUAAAGAACAUCAAAUGAAGGUGGUGUUUUAAGAAUAUAACUGAAGAAUGAAAGUAAAUCACACAAUCUUUUCUCCAUAUUACACUGCAGCGCUGAUAACUGAGCCCGGUCCAUGAGCACAUGUUCAGUUUUUACCCCCCCGACCACCCAAAGCCCAAGCUGUUCCUGCUGGCAGUGCCUUUUGUUUCAUGUGCCCCUGUGUAUCUGCGUAAGGUGUGUUUUUCAACACACAGGUGCCUGAGUAUAUGUAUGGGUGCUUUGGCAUGUGUGCGAAUCUUCUCGGGUGGUAUUGUAUGUGUUACGUUUCUUUCCUGGGUCCCAAACCCCCUAAACGUUCAUGUCUUUAGAAACCAUGCUCUGUGGGAGUGUGUCUGCGCGAGUUUGUGUGUGUGUUAUUUAUUUUAUGGUUCACGCCAUCCACCUGAUAUUAUGUCAAGGGUGUUGAGACUUAAUGCUUUAUUUUUCUUUUUUUGCAAUUUAUUUUGUUUUAUUGAAAAAAAAGUGUGUAUAACUAUAUGAGUAGAAAUGUACAGAAUAUCUAAAUGAAAUUAAAAAAAAGGCAAUUACCUGA